AGCAUAUGCUGUCAAACGAGAUAUGGUAAUAAGUACAAGGGUUCCUAAAAAUAUAGAAAAAGGAAAAUAUCCUGGUGCGUACGUAUUUCCAUCUAAAAAAGGGAUUGAAAGUAGAAGACCUGUAAUAGGAUUGGAUUUCGCUUCAUUAUAUCCCACUUGGUGCGUCCGCCAUGAUAACCAAACAGAAAAGAAAGGCCUAUAUUCUGUUGUAUUAGAGGAUUUAGCUAACAAGAGGCUGGAGCUUAAAGCACGUCUAGUCCCACUAGAAAAGAAAAAACAACAUUUUGGAAAGAUGAUAAGUUCAGCUAAAGAAAGUGAUUAUUGGGAUUUAAAGCAAAAAACUUUGAAGGUAUACAUGAAUACUUUUUAUAGAGAAGCUGGAAACUCACUAUCUUCAAUUUAUCUUCGCGAAUUAGCCUGUAGAACUACUACAUUGAGAAAAUACUACCUUAAUUUUGUUGCCAAAUUCGUAUCAAAGAAAGCCUUCUUCAGAGAAGAACUUUUCAAAGAAGCAUAUUGGACUGAAAUGGUUAAAAUUACUAUGAAUGUGAUGAGUAAGUUACGCAAUCAAGUAAAUGCUUAUCUUAGGAUAAAAAGUGGAACAUCUUAUCUAAAGAUUGCAUAUGAAGAGGUGUUAUUUCCCAUCUGCUUUACUGGUAAAAAGAAGUACUUUGGGAUUGAGCAUGAAGAUAUAGUAAACUUUAAACUGAAAAAUCUUUUCAUGAAAGGGAUAUAUACUGUAAAGCAAG